CCCACACAUGUACUGUCUACUCUAGAUCUACCGCUGCUCUCCUAUAUCUCUCACUCUCCAUUGCUUCUCUUCACUCAAGCUCACUUCUCAAGUCUCAACCCUAACCCUACUUCCGCUUCUCUUUCCUCAUUUUGGGAAUCUGAAGUUUCUUCUCAUUUCUCUAUUUCUUUUUUUGUUUUUGGAAUUUUUUUCAUCAAACUUGUGAGAAAGCAGGGCUUGAAAGAAGCAAAUAAUGUAGAGAUCUGGAAGAAUUCCAUGGUGCGGUUCGAUAAAGCAAAGAUGGAACAGACCUGGUGUCAAUCAAACCCGAGAAGGGUUCAUAGAAGAGUAUGGUUAAGGAUCCAAAAAUCAAUGGGUGUUCUUGUGGGUGGGAAUCACACUUCUUCCAGGUUUUGCACUCGCUAAUUCUUUUCUUCCCUUCAGUUUGGCUUUGAUCUCUCUCUUUCAAAAGACAAGUUCUUUUCUUUUGACAAUUUCUUCGAAACCCUCUGUCUGAAUUCCUCCCGGUUGAUAUUUUGGUGUCAAUUUCGUUCAUAAUCGUGAAAAUCCAUGGAUUUUAAGUCCCUGAGAACCCAGAUCCUGGGUGGGCCAAUAGUCAGGCGCUUGCUGUUACGUGCAUUUAUGCUCGCCUCGGCUCUUUCUGUCAUUCCUUUCAUCCAAAUCCUUUCUGGGAAUGAUCCAGUAUUGCUCGAUUCUGUGUACUUCCAUGAAUGUGAUUCGCCCUUUACGGGCACGAAUUUGUUUCAGAAUCGGUUUUUGAAACCCAUUUUGAACACAUUUGAGUGCAAGGAAGAUGUUAAUUUGACCAUGGAUGUUGUUAGAGAGCUAAUGGUUAAGCGACUGCUGGAUUAUGGUUCAAAUGCUCUGUAUGUCGGUGAAGGAUCGGCCUCUGCCGUGUAUGCAUUGCGAGAGUUGGGAUUUGCCAAUGCUUGUGGGGCGCACCGACACCCCUUUUUCUCUAUCAAGCAUAGGAAGGUCGUUUAUGAGCUUCAAUAUGCAGACAAUUUCUUUGAUUUUGUCCUCUCUAGGGACCUAGAUGAGGUUUCCGUCCCUGCAGUUCUCGUGCUUGAGAUUGAGCGUGUUCUGAAGCCCGGUGGAAUCGGGGCUAUGCUCGUGGGUGUUAGUGGUUUGAACCCAAAUGGCUUGAUUAGAUCUGCUACGCCCGUCUCAUCAUUAUUGAAAGCCUCCAAUGUAAUACAUGUUGGUUAUGUUCAUGAAUAUACAUUGGUGGUUUUCCAGAAAAGAUUUGAAAAGGUUGGUUCCUUUGAGCAAUUCCGCCUACCAGCUGAUUGCCAAUCUUUUCUGAAUAACAAACCCUUUUUGGAACAUUUAGAACCCCUUGUGGAGAAGAAGGAAAUGGGAUCUGAGAAACAUAUUGCAUAUUUGCCCAAUUUCAUUGAUGUGCUUUCUAGGAAAAAGUUGGUGUAUAUUGAAAUUGGUGCAGCAGAACGUCUGAACUCUAGUGUUGCUAAUUGGUUCAUUCCAUCUUAUCCUGUGGAUCACAAGGCUUUAGAUAUUUAUUUUGUUGACCACAACACUUCAGUUCUGCUUUCAUGUGUUAAAAAACCUGGCGUUACCUUCAUUUACUAUCCUGGCCUUGCUGGAGACAAGAUUACUGCGUCAAUUUCUGAUGUUGAAGAUCUAGAUCCUUCCGUGGAAGAUGAGGGAUUUGAUUUCCUUUCUUGGUUUAGAGAAACAGUGGAGUAUGCAGAUUUUGUAGUUCUAAAGAUGAAAGCAGGAAAGGCAGAAUUGAAAUUCCUCGCAGACUUGUAUGAAAGCGGAGCCAUAUGCUUUGUUGACGAGCUGUUCCUUAGCUGCGGAGAUCGUGUGGAUGACAAUGGUUCGGUGAGCAAGGACUGCAUGGAUCUGCUCAAGAGCCUUAGAAGCAGUGGCAUGUAUGUCCACCAAUGGUGGGGAGAUUAAUCCCCAGUUAGUUCUUUGAGGAACUGUGUGUUGUUUGAGCUGUGUUUGUUCUUAGUCUGUGUUGUUAUUGUGUGUUUGUGUUGUUUUUGUUGAAGUUCCUCAAGUGGUAAUGUAGGAUGCAGCGAAGACAUCCAUCAGAAUCCUAAGUUGCUUUGUGGUUGGGCACUUGAGCAGUUUAAUAUCUAAAUAAACAACCAUUUUGUGUUC